CCAUGGAGCCCAGCUAGGGCGAGGCGAGCCGGAGGGACCCGGGCCAGAUAGUGUUCAUGUGGAUGCUUGGGCAGCCUGGAGAUAAAGUGGAUGCUGGUGACAGCUAUGUAAGCUAAAAUACUGCCAAGCCUUGGAAAUCCUAUAAAAUGGAGGAACUCUAUAAGGACACACAAAACCUGCCCAUGGAUGUUACCAAUUCUCCUUCAGCGAUAGCUAACAACAAGCUUGAAAAUGGAGUUGCCCAGCUAAUAACCGCAGAAGCAUGGAAUAUCAAUUCAGCUGACCUGAUGAAGAAAGCACUUUCGCCACUGGUGACUGUUCCUGCCCCAUCGAUAUUGACACCACCAGCGGAGUCACAGAGUGGUGUCGCUCUCAAGGUAGCGGCCACAGUGCUUCAGCCCAUUUGUUUAGGGGACAGCCCUGUUGUUCUGCCAAUACAUCUGCAAGUAGCAGGAAGCGCUGCUCCUCAGAUUGCUCCUGCCAGUAAUACUCCCUAUGUCAUGACAACACAAGGCCCAGUUCCCUUGCCUCUCCUCUUAGAGCAGCAUGUCUUUCAGCAUUUAAAUUCUCCACUGGUGUUACCUCAAAGUUCCCCCUGUGGCCCCAAUCCCAUCCACGGUAAUCUUUUCCAGGGCUCUUCUGCCCCAGUUGGACAGCCACAGCUCUUGGAUCACAAGCCUUCCAGUCAGACUCAGGAGCAUGUCUUGCCCCCUGUGUUUCAGACGCCGGGGUUUGCUGCGGUUCUGCAGGAUCUCUUUCCUACCCAAGGCACCUUAGGUUCAUCGCCUUAUCAGCCACCACCUGACUGCUCUUCUGUCCCUACACAGCCCUUCAGUUCCCCUUUGUCUCCCCUGGUUCCCCCAGCUACACUUUUAGUACCAUACCCUGUUAUUGUUCCUCUGCCCGUCCCUGUCCCUGUCCCUAUCCCCAUCCCUAUCCCGGUGCCCCAUAAUGCAGAAUCUAAGGCCAACAUGGAUCGCCCCAAACCAGCGUCUUCAUUUAUAUUGCAUUCCUGCAAAGGCACCCAGACUCCCUUGGAGAAGGAAGAAACUAAACCAUUUGAUUUCAUCCACCACAGGGAGCUUUCCCAGCUGACUCGACACACUGUCAUCAAGAUGAGCAAUGAGAGUGAGGUCCUUGAUCUGUCCAUGAAAACGGCACCUUUCCUGAAGGAAAGUGAGGACAGUUCCCAGCACUCACCUGAAGAUGGUGCCCUGGAUCUAUCAAUUGGUUCCUGUCGGAAGACUGGAAGUGCUGAAUUUACAAGUACCAUUUGGUCUGGGUCCAUGAUGGAUAACACUGUUCAUUCUGGAGCAGAUAAACUUUCUCGUGGUGCUUCUCCCUUUGCUCCUUCAAAACCUCAUGAAGCCCCAGCGAAGGCUGAGAGUAGAGGAAUCAGCAGCAACUCCUCUGAACUCCUGAGACAGCCGCCGCCCAAGUGGCUGGUGGAUCAGACUAGUAUACCAUGUGAGCCCUCCGCAGGUAACAACAUUGAGAUUAUGAGCACUUCACAGACAGCCAAAGUGAUAGUCUCCGUCAAGGACGCAGUACCUACUAUUUUCUGUGGCAAGAUUAAAGGCCUCUCGGGAGUUUCCACAAAAAACUUUUCCUUCAAAAGGGACAUGCCCCAGGACUCAGGGCUGCAGUGUUAUGAUGUGAAGAACCAGCCAGACACUCGGGAUAAUGCAGAAGCUCUUAGGAAACCCAUCAAAAACAGAAGCGUCAAGUUAAAGAAAAUGAACUCGCAGGAAAUACACAUUCUUCCAAUCAAAAAGCAGAGGCUUGCAGCCUUUUUCCCAAGAAAGUAAUUUAUGAAGUUUUAGAAUGUUUAAGGUAUAAUUAUUAUGAAUAAAUAAAUGCACUUCAU